GUUAUCAAUCUCUGUGUGCACUUUGAAGAAACAGUCUGAAACAAAAAACAAGAAUAAAUAACUUUGGCUAACGUUAGAGAAGAAAUGGAAACAACAAUGGACUCUGCGAUAUUAGCAAUAGGCGAUAAAACGGAACAGUCAGAGCAUGAAAAGCCUGAAAAAUCAUUAAAUAUAAGGAAUUUUAAUGUCGAGUUUAAAAAUUAUUUCAGUCUACUACUAAUGGGAAACCCAACGCCCGCAGACGUUGGCAAUGUUGAGUAUCCAAUUGAAUGGUUUGGAAUGGAAACCAUUUGCAGGAUUAAUGAGCCCACUCGAUAUCAAUUUCACUGUUUGGGCCCACAGAAAACUAAGCCACAGAAUGUGAAUUCCUUUCACUUCUUCAUGACAAUCAAUGCCAAGUUUUUAAUGCGUGAAGUAAGAAAACUCCUUAGGAACGAACGUUGGCUAUCAAAGUAUGUGGUAAUUGGACCACUCAAAGGCCCAUUAGACACUACGCGCUAUGAUCCCGAGGAAACUUAUAUGCGUAAUGCCGUUUAUACGGUAAUUAAUGCCGAAUGGCUGAGAGAAAAGGAUAUCAUAUUUCCCUAUUUGUUCUAUUUACACAGCGAACAUGUUAAACGUAAUUUAAGACGCUAA